AUGACAGGCACCAUUAACGCUGCUGUUCUAACGUACCUCAAGGAGCAUUACCCCGACGUUGCUCACGUUUUUGAACAGGAAGCAUACAUCUCCAAGCCGUCCUUCCUCCCAAAUGCUACGACGGUAGAAACACUCAUUGCUUCCCAACAACGUGGAGUAAAAAAUCGACUUGACUAUCCGUCAUCAGAUGGUGAAAAACCUUCCAGAAAGCAGUGCAGAACGGAACUCAAUGCGGCCGUCCCGGACAGCUCCUCUGACGAUGAUGAUGCGCCCCUGCGGAAGCCGGCACAAAAGGCCAAGGCGUCGCCCGCAAUGAGGCCAGCACCGAAGAAGGCCGCCAUUCCGGACAGCUCCUCUGAUGAUGAUGAUGCGCCCCUGCGGAAGCCGGCACAAAAGGCCAAGGCGUCGCCCGCAAUGAGGCCAGCACCGAAGAAGGCCGCCGUCCCGGACAGCUCCUCUGACGAUGAUGAUGCGCCCAUGCGGAAGCCGGCAAAAAAGGCCAAGGCGUCGCCCGUAAUGAGGCCAGCACCGAAGAAGGCCGCCGUCCCGGACAGCUCCUCUGACGAUGAUGAUGCGCCCCUGCGGAAGCCGGCACAAAAGGCCAAGGCGUCGCCCGCAAUGAGGCCAGCACCGAAGAAGGCCGCCAUUCCGGACAGCUCCUCUGACGAUGAUGAUGCGCCCCUGCGGAAGCCGGCACAAAAGGCCAAGGCGUCGCCCGCAAUGAGGCCAGCACCGAAGAAGGCCGCCGUCCCGGACAGCUCCUCUGACGAUGAUGAUGCGCCCAUGCGGAAGCCGGCAAAAAAGGCCAAGGCGUCGCCCGCAAUGAGGCCAGCACCGAAGAAGGCCGCCGUCCCGGACAGCUCCUCUGACGAUGAUGAUGCGCCCCUGCGGAAGCCGGCACAAAAGGCCAAGGCGUCGCCCGCAAUGAGGCCAGCACCGAAGAAGACACCGAGGUCGGAAUGUUGUGGUGAACAGGAACCCGUGAAAAAGAGUGUUCGGACAGAAGUCGUGUCAGCUGGGCCAGGGGGUAAGGAGUGGGAGGAUAAUAACGUUAACAACACUCGAAAAAGUAAUGGCAAUGGAGGAACUGCAUUACGUCGUUUUCAACGUAUUGACCCCACAAAGGUUGUUUUCGUUAAAGAUGAAUUAAGAGAUAACCGACCAGGUGGCGAGCACAUGGCGUUUCGGCAAAAUCAAGAGAUGAUGCGGGUAAAGGGUAAGAAUUUUAACAAGUUGAAACAGAAAAAUAAGGCUAAGUUUUAUGCUGCUGGGGUGGACACUAGUGUUAGGUCGUUUCAGUUUGAUGAUAGCGAUUAG